AUAAAAAAGUUAUAACAAAAAAAUAAAAUGUUUCAAAAAUAUUUUUCUAAUAUACACAGUUUCAUGUUUUCUCAAACGAAGUUAUCCAUUUAUUUGAAAAAAUAAAAGUAUCCAACAGUGGCAAGGUAGCAUCGAUCCGAUCCUCUCAGUCUCAGUCAGGAAAUACAGUGUGGUGGCAAAGCUAAGAAAUGGCAGAUCUGAGUUUGGGAGUACUAAUUGAUAUUGUUGAUGAGGAUUGGAUGAGAGACACUCUCCCUGAUGAUGAUCUUCCACUGCCUCCAACUUUGGUUGUUCGAACCGAUGAUACUGAGGAUUCAAAUCAGGAGGUGCAGCAAGUUAACGGGGAAGUUUGGCAUGAUCUUGCCCUUGGCCAAGAGUAGAAGUUUCAAUUAACUAGUGCCAGUGUGUCAUGCUUAUAGCAGUAAGUAGAUGAUAUUGCUUCCAGUUACUGGACUAAGCUUCUUCCUUUCUAUGUACGGGAUGAAUAUCAAGAAAUUUGCGUUCGUUUCUGGUUGCUUGCUGUCUUAAAUGCACUCUUUUUGUAUUUUUGCUUUGCAUUCUAAAGGCAAGAUAUGCAUAAUGAUAGAUUUAGUGUCGCGCAGCACAAAUCUGUAAUAGAAUUUGUUACUGGUGUUUAUAGUGUGGGAAAUGAAAUGAAGGAGAGGGAGUUUAAAUAAAA